AUGGCGCUUGAUAGCUAUUACCGGAACAAGAUAGAGAGCAUGAAGCUCGAGAUCAUUCAGGGGCAGGCCGUUCUCAGGCGGUUAGAGGCGCAGAGGAAUGACUACAACUCUAGAGUCAGGUUGCUGCGGGAAGAGCUGGGUCUUUUGCAGCAGCCAGGCUCCUAUGUCGGUGAAGUGGUCAAGGUCAUGGGUACAAAAAAGGUCCUGGUCAAGGUCCACCCAGAAGGGAAAUACGUGGUUGAUAUUGCGGACGGUGUCGACAUAGCAAAGCUAACCGUCGGCAAACGAGUGUCUCUCCUGUCCGAUACAUACAAGCUAGAGAAGAUGCUGCCAUCCUCUGUCGAUCCGCUGGUGUCUUUGAUGAUGGUCGAAAAGGUGCCAGAUAGUACCUAUGAUAUGAUCGGUGGACUGGACCAGCAGAUCAAGGAGAUCAAAGAAGUUAUAGAGCUGGGCCUCAAGCACCCUGAGCUAUUUGAGUCCCUCGGGAUCGCACAGCCCAAGGGUGUACUUCUGUAUGGGCCUCCAGGGACGGGCAAGACGCUACUUGCGCGAGCGGUGGCACACCAUACAGACUGCAAGUUCAUCCGAGUCAGUGGUUCAGAGCUUGUACAAAAAUAUAUUGGCGAGGGAAGUAGGAUGGUUCGAGAGCUUUUCGUCAUGGCCCGAGAGCACGCUCCCAGCAUUAUAUUCAUGGACGAGAUCGAUAGUAUUGGCUCCAGUCGAGUAGAGGGAAGCAGUGGUGGAGACUCGGAGGUACAACGCACCAUGUUGGAACUUCUCAAUCAGCUUGACGGAUUUGAACCGACAAAGAAUAUAAAGAUCAUUAUGGCUACCAACCGGCUGGACAUUCUCGACCCAGCACUUCUCCGGCCCGGCAGGAUAGACAGGAAGAUUGAAUUCCCUCCACCCUCUGUCGAAGCCAGAGCUGACAUUCUCCGCAUCCACUCGCGCUCGAUGAACUUAACGCGUGGCAUUAACCUGACAAAGAUUGCAGAAAAAAUGAACGGCUGCUCUGGUGCUGAACUCAAGGGAGUAUGUACCGAAGCCGGCAUGUACGCCUUGCGAGAGCGAAGAGUACACGUUACGCAGGAGGACUUUGAUCUCGCAACAGCCAAGGUUCUCAAUAAACACGAUGACAAGGAGGUCAGUCUCGGUAAGCUGUGGAAAUAA